UUCAUGUUCUUGAAAUGAAAUUCAAACAGGAAAUACAAUGUCUGAAACGUUUAAUGUACUAUAUGAAAAUUAUGUGAAUCAAAAAAAUUCAGACAUAAUUUUAGCAUUUAAAGACGGCCAAAUAAAAGCUCAUCGAUUGAUUCUAUCUCUAAGCAGCCCCAGAUUUGAAAACAUUCUGAGGAAUUAUGAACCUUGCCAAAAAUAUCUAUUUUUUGAUCACACAUCCAAAGACAUAAUGACUUACUUACUAGAAUUCAUGUAUAAAGGUGAAGUAGCUAUUCCAGAAAAAAUACUGGCCAGAGUUUUGGAAGCAGCAGAAAAUUUUCAAGUGAAAGGAAUGCAAGAGGCAUGCAUUGUGACUAUCGACGAAUCGAAAGCACUUGAAAACGCAUGUGCUUUGAUAUUCUCAGGGGAUUUCAAUAUAACAAAAUAUGCAAACAGGUGUUUCAAUACUGGUAAAACAGAUUUUCCCAAAACAUACAUAAGAACUGACGUGGCACAUUACAUCAAGAGUUGGGUAAAUUUCUUCAGUAAAGAAAGUAAAGAAAAAUGGAAAAAAAAAUUCUACUUGUGUGCUAUUGGCCAAUUGAUUCUUUGUCGUGACAGAGAUUCUGCCAAGUGCUUAAUUACUGCACUAUUGACAGUUUCCCUUUCUGAAAAAGCGGGUGUAGGUGCAACCUCUUUAAAUGAAUCUCUCCAUACAAUUAAGUCCCUUGUUCUUGGCAACACUUGUCAAGAAGAAGAAGUUGAGGAAAUAAUAAGCAAGACAAUUGAAGAUUCUGAAAAAGACAUCGAAGAGGCAACAGAAGAGGGAGAAGAUGAAGACGAACCUCAAUUGUCAAAUUUGGUCGCGAAUCAAUGGCAGCAGUGGGGCAAUGAUAUUAGGAAUGAGGUUGAAAGAAAAUUAGAGUACGAAAAUGGAGAUGAUUAUAAUCCCAGAUAUUUUCCCGCCUUUGCCGAACGUCUCAUGAAAAAAAUGGCAACAAUUCCUCUUUGGAGUUGCAUUUGCCGAGAUGAUUUUGGUUAUGGGCGAAUUCCUGCCAGUAGUGCUCCUGUAGAGGCAGAAUUCAAUAUUAUUAAAAAUCGAAUUCUCUGCAAGCGGAUAUUACGUGUAGAUGUCGCAGUAAGAACAUUUUUGGAAUACAUUGAUGGGAAAUUGAAAAUAUUCGAAGCUAAAUCAAAUCCUACGAACGAAAAUAUCAAUAUUGAAAUAAAAUCAACUAUGGAGUCACCUCGGCGACCAAAGAAAAUAGAUGUUUCAGAUGACGCCACACCAAGUAAUUUCGAAAUUGAAAAAGAAUUUUCUUUAGAUUUCCCAGUUGUUUCUCUUAAUAGCACAACUGCUUAUGAGAUUGCACAAAAAUUCAAUAGUAGCAGAUCCAGAGAUAUUUUCAAAGAUGAACUUUCUCCAAUCAGUUCUACAAAAAAUGAUACGCAUUGUCCAAGUGGAAGCAUUGAAAAAGAAAAUUUUUCUGGUUCCAAAUGCGAAUCUUACGUACCAGAAGAAUCGAUUCGGAGAAGGAAACCACUUCAAGAUUUGUCCUCAGAAAUGAAUCAAGAAUUCGUUUGCGAAUAUUGUGAAAAAAAAUCGAAUAAUGAACAAGUUUGUGUAAUUUGUAAACGCAUAAUGUGUUCCGAAUGCACGGUAUCUCAAACAGAAGAGGAAGGUGAAAUGAAACUAUGCCUCGAAUGCUUCCAAAAUUCGAGAAAAGACGACCGCCUUGCAACUCAAAAAAUUGAUAAUUGGAAAGGAAAGGGCGGAUCGCCGAAAAUUUCCAAAAAAUCCCGAUAUCUGAAUAAAAACACAGCAGAGUUCCUAGACGCAAUGUCUUUCAAAAAAUACUGUAAAUUACCAUGUCUAAAAAAUGGAACAAUUUCAUCUUUACGCCUAAUCAAAAUUGGAAAUUCAGAAGUGUCACUCACAAACACCUGUGCGUUUGACAGCAUCACCCAAAUAUUAAUGGCGGCAAUGAGUGACAAUGACAAUAUAAAAAAAUUCAUGAAUAUCCAUAGAUAUCAAAAUAAUUUUUUUGAUCUUGUGUAUGACACUGUGGAACAUGGUAUAAGUCAAAAGACUUAUAAGAGAAGGGCUGAGAUAAUUUGUCACUUAUUUGGAGAAGAAAUAAAAGAUAAUACCACACAUGAAAUCAACUGCACAACAAGUGCGAGCUCUCUAGCUGCCAAAAUAUUUAAAACUCAUCCAAGUUUCAUAGAAAUUCGUCAAUGUGAAGAUGGGUGUUAUCGAAAAAUCGAGUACGCAACAUAUGGUUGGCAUGCGAGAUUACUGAAAGAAAAUUUACAGACCUUCAUAGAAACUAUCGCAACAAAGGAAAAAAGAUGUAAAAACAAUUGCGAAACAUAUCAAUCAGUUUCAUUGGAAAUGGGAGACAUCGUAUUGUUCGAAGUAUAUGGGCAGGAGGAUAAAAUACCCAUAGACUCAAUAAGCAAUUCGUUCAUCAAUAAAUCAAAUGAAACCUACCAUCUCAUGGGUGUCAUUCAUUAUGUUGGCCCGAAAAUGCUUACACGAACUCCAAUUCCAGGCCAUUAUAUUGCUUACUGCAAAAGGGGAACGUGCUGGAUGGUAUACGAUGACCUGAAGGAAAAAGCAGAAAGAUCUUCACAAAAUUUGAAAGUGGAGGACUUUCCGAUCCAGAAGAUCCCGAUGACAUACUUCGAGUAUCAAAUCGAGCCGAACGGCUCCUCGGAUCGAGCCGAACGGCUCCUCAGAUCGAGCCAAACGGCUCCUCGGAUCGAGCCAAACGGCUCCUCAGAUCGAGCCGAACGGCUCCUCAGAUCGUGCCGAACGGCUCCACUGAUCGAGCCGGAAGGCUCCUCAGAUCGAGCCGAAUGGCUCCUCGGAUCAAGCCAAACGAUUCCUCACAUCGAGCCAAACGGCUCCUCAGAUCGAGCCAAACGGCACUUUGGAUCGAGCCGAAUGGUUCCUCAGAUCGAGCCGAACGACUCUUCAGGUCGUGCCGAACGGCUCCUCAGAUCGAACCGAAAGGCUCCUCAGAUUCGGCCGAACGGCUCCUCAUAUCGAGCCGAAAGGCUCCUCACAUCGAGCCGAACGGCUCCUCAGAUCGUGCGCCGAACGGCUCCUCAUAUCGAGCCGAAAGGCUCCUCAGAUCGAACCGAACGGCUCCGCAGAUCGUGCCAAACGGCUCCUCAAGUCGAGCCGAACGGUUCCUCAUAUCGAGCCAAACGGCUCCUCAGAUCGAGCCGAAUGGCUCCUCAGAUAGAACCAAACGGCUCCUCGGAUCGUACCAAACGGCUCCUCGGAUCGAGCCGAACGGCUCCUCAGAUCGAGCCAAACGGCUCCUCAGAGCGAGCCGAAUGUCUCCUCAGAUCGAGCCAAACGGCUCCUCGGAUCGAGCCGAACGGCUCCUCGGAUCGAGCCGAACGGCUCCUCGGAUCGAGCCGAACGGCUCCUCGGAUCGAGCCGAACGGCUCCUCAGAUCGUGCCAAACGGCUCUUUGGAUCAAGCCGAGUGGUUCCUCAGAUCAAGCCGAACGGCCCCUCAGAUCAAUCUGAAUGGCUCCUCAGACCGAGCCGAAAGGCUCCUCAGAUCGUGCCGAACGGUUCCCCAGAUCGAGCCGAAUGGCUCUUCGGAUCAAGACGAACGGUUCCUCACAUCGAGCCGAAUGGCUCCUCUGAUCGAGCCAAACGGCUCCUCGGAUCGAGCCAAACGGCUCCUCAGAUCGUGCCGAACGGCUCCUCAGAUCGAGCCAAACGGCUCCUCAGAUCGUGCCGAACAGCUCCUCGGAUCGAGCCGAAUGGCUCCUCAGAUCGAGUCAAACGGCUCCUCGGAUCGAGCCGAACGGUUCCUCACAUCGAGCCAAACGGCUCCUCAGGAGCCGAAUGGCUUCUCAGAUCGAGCCAAACGGCUCAUCGGAUCGAGCCGAACGGCUCCUCAGAUCGAGCCAAACGGUUCUUUGGAUCUAGCCGAAUGGUUCCUCAGAUCGAGCCGAACGGCUCCUCAGAUCGUGCCGAACGGCUCCUCAGCUCGAGCCGAAUGGCUCCUCGGAUCAAGCCGAACGGUUCCUCAGAUCGAGCCAAAUAUCGAGCCGAUCGGUUCCUCAGAUCGAGCCGAUCAGUUCCUCAGAUCGUGCCGAACGGCUCCUCGGAUCGAGCCGAAUGGUUCCUCAGAUCGAGCCGAAAGGCUCCUCAGAUCGAGCCGAAAUGCUCCUCGGAUCGAGCCGAACGGCUCUUUGGAUCGAGCCGAACGGCUCCUCAGAUCGAGCCGAACGGCUCCUCAGAUCGAGCCGAAUGGUUUCUCAGAUCGAGCCGAACGACUCCUCAGAUCGUGCCGAACGGCUCCUCAGAUCGAGCCGAAAGGCUCCUCAGAUCGUGCCGAACGGCUCCUCAGAUCGAGCCGAACGGCUCCUCAGAUCGAGCCGAAAGGCUCCUCAGAUCGUGCCGAACGGCUCCUCAGAUCGUGCCGAACGGCUCCUCAGAUCGAGCCGACCGGUUCCUCACAUUGAGCCAAACGGCUCCUCAGAUCGAGCUGAAUGGUUCCUCAGAUCGAGUCAAACGAGUCUUUGGAUCAAGCCGGACGGUUCCUCACAUCGAGCCGAAUGGCUCCUCAGAUCGAGCCAAACGGCUCCUCGGAUCGAGCCGAACGGCUCCUCAGAUCGAGCCGAAUGGCUCCUCAGAUCGAGCCAAACGGCUCCUGGGAUCGAGCCGAACGGCUCAUCGGAUCGAGCCGAAAGGCUCCUCAGAUCGAGCUAAACGGCUCCUCGGAUCGAGCCGAACGGCUCCUCAGAUCGAGCCGAAUGGCUCCUCAGAUCGAGCCAAACGGCUCCUGGGAUCGAGCUAA